AUGGUUCUUGGGGCCACGUUUGCAGCUGCGGUCUCAGUGCCAUGGAGCCUCCUGGCCGGCGGUCUCCUUGGCGUCGUGCUCUUGUGGGCGGCCGGCUGGUUGCUGGACCGGCUGUGGUGGCAGCCUCGGCGGCUCGAGCGGGCGCUGCGCGCGCAGGGCCUCCGCGGCACGUCCUACCGCUUCCUCACCGGCGACCUCAAGGACUUCUACCGGAUGAACCAGGAGGCGUGGUCCAGGCCGUUGCCGCUGCGGUGCCACGACAUCGCGCCCCGCGUGGCACCGUUCCUCUGCAACAACAUCCGGGAGCAUGGCAAGACGAGCAUGUCCUGGUUCGGUCCGAUCCCCAAGGUCACCAUCGUCGACCCCGACCUCGCCAAGGACGUGCUGUCCAACAAGUUCGGGCACUUCGAGAAGCUCAACUUCAGGGCGCUGUUCAAGCUGAUGUCCGACGGCCUAGCGAAUCAGGACGGCGAGAAAUGGGCCAAGCACAGGAGGAUCCUCAACCCCGGAUUCCAUCUGGAGAAGCUCAAGCGCAUGCUGCCGGCCUUCACUGCAUGCUGCGAGGAACUGGUCAGCAGAUGGGCAGAUUCUCUCGGUUCUGACGGUUCGUGCGAGCUGGAUGUUUGGCCAGAGCUGCAGAACCUGACCGGAGAUGUCAUUUCUCGGACCGCAUUCAGCAGCAGCUACCUUGAAGGAAGAAGAAUUUUCCAGUUACAGGCUGAGCAAGCUGAGCGUCUUAUGAAGAGCUUUAAGAAGAUUGUCAUUCCCGGCUACAUGCUGUUGCCAACUGAAAACAACCGAAAGAUGCACAGAAACAACAAAGAGAUCAAAACAAUUCUUCGAGAUUUAAUUGGGAAAAGAAUUCAAGCUAUGAGGGAAGGCGAGAGCACAAAAGAUGACUUACUGGGCCUGUUGCUGGAGUCAAGCAUGAGAGAGACAGGCGGGAGUGGCCAAUCCGGCAUGGCCAUGACGAUCGAAGAUGCCAUCGAGGAGUGCAAGCUAUUCUACUUCGCCGGAAUGGAGACCACGUCAGUGCUGCUCACAUGGACAAUGGUCGUGCUGGGCAUGCACCCAGAAUGGCAGGACCGUGCAAGAGAGGAGGUGGUUUCUUUGUUUGGGAAAAACAAGCCUGACCUUGAGGGCUUGAGCCGCGUCAAAACUGUGACCAUGAUCCUUUACGAGGUUCUCCGGUUGUACCCACCGGCCAUUGCAUUUACCAGGAAAACGUACAAGGAGAUGGAGAUAGGAGGAAUCGUGUACCCUGCCGGUGUGAUUGUUGAGCUGCCCGUGCUCAUGAUCCAUCACGACCCUGAUAUUUGGGGGAGCGACGCGCACGAGUUCAAGCCGGACAGGUUCUCCGAGGGGAUCUCCAAGGCGUCCAAGGACCCUGGCGCGUUUCUCCCGUUCGGCUGGGGGCCACGCAUCUGCAUCGGCCAGAACUUCGCGCUGCUUGAGGCCAAGAUAGCGCUGUGCAUGAUCCUUCAGCGAUUUGAGUUCGAGCUCGCGCCAUCGUACUCUCAUGCGCCACAUACUGUGGUGACAGUGCACCCUAUGCAUGGUGCACAGGUUAAGCUCAGGGCAAUAUGAUCAUGAGACAAUACCUACUGCUACUACUUCAAGUAUGUUUGGGAGAAACUACAACUUUAACUGUCA